UCGACGCUGAGGGUGAAACAGCCGUGAUGCCGUGUUCCUGUGCCGAGUGGAGGAGGUGGAUCCGCCCUCUGGUCCUGGUCCUCUACGCUCUCCUGUUGGUGGCCGUGCUGCCGCUCUGCAUCUGGGAGCUGCAGAAAGACAAGGUUGGGACUCACAGUAAAGCUUGGUUCAUAGCCGGCGUGUUCGUCUUUCUCACUAUCCCAAUUUCUCUGUGGGGGAUCCUGCAGCAUAUGGUGCACUACACCCAGCCCGAGCUGCAGAAACCAAUCAUCAGGAUACUAUGGAUGGUGCCGAUCUACAGUUUGGACAGCUGGCUGGCUCUGCGGUACCCCACCCUGGCCAUCUACGUGGACACCUGCAGGGAGUGCUACGAGGCCUACGUCAUCUACAACUUCCUGGUGUUCCUGCUGAACUUCCUCAGUAACCAGUACCCGAGCCUGGUGCUGAUGCUGGAGGUGCAGCAGCAGCAGCCACACCUGCCCCCGCUCUGCUGCUGCCCGCCCUGGCCCAUGGGAGAGGUGCUGUUGUUCAGGUGUAAGCUGGGAGUCCUCCAGUACACUGUCGUCAGACCUGUAACCACGGUGAUAGCGCUGAUCUGUCAGCUCUGUGGUGUUUAUGAUGAAGCCAACUUCAGCUUCAGAAACGCCUGGUCCUACCUGGUCAUCAUCAACAACAUAUCUCAGCUGUUUGCCAUGUACUGUCUGCUGCUGCUGUACCGAGCCCUUAGAGAGGAGCUGACUCCCAUCAGGCCUGUGGGCAAGUUCCUCUGCGUCAAACUGGUCGUCUUUGUCUCUUUCUGGCAGGCUGUAUUAAUAGCGUUCCUGGUGAAGGUCGGUGUGAUCUCCGACAAACACACCUGGGACUGGGACAGUGUGGAGGCCGUGGCCACUGGACUACAGGACUUCAUCAUCUGCAUAGAGAUGUUCCUGGCUGCCAUCGCUCAUCACUACACCUUCACCUACAAGCCCUACGUACAGGAAGCAGAGGAGGGCUCGUGUUUCGACAGUUUUCUGGCCAUGUGGGAUUUCUCUGAUAUUAGAGCUGAUGUCACAGAGCAGGUCCGACAUGUUGGUCGUACAUUCCUGGGUCGUCCAAACAAGAUGUACUUUGGUUCAGCAGCUCGACCUGAACACACUGAACACACUGGCCUCCUCACAGCAUCCUCCCAGGACCCCGUCGCAGCGGCAGCCACAUCGAUGCCUCCCUCACCUUCCUCGAGUGGACGGUACCAAGGCCUCGGCCACACCCCCACCCCUCACUCCAUCUCCGCCCCUGCAGGAUUUACUUCUUCAACCUGGGAGGACGACAGUGACAGCUCACCUCCACAGGCGGGCGGUGUCCAGUAACAGGGUGUCAGCACUGCGAACCCACAUCCAGGGGUGGGACUGGAGUGUGCUUCAUGGUUACAGACAAAGAAACUCUUGGAUUCUGUAAUAAAGCCAGAAAAUAAAAAUAUAAAAUGAAUGAAAAGCUCAUUUAUCAAGACUCAGCAAAGGAAAGCAGAGAAAGAGUCUGCACUCUGUGGUGUCAAAGCCAUGUUUGUUGAGAAACUUUGGUAUAAUUUUAAAAUAAUUACCCAGUUUUAAAUGUUUGAAAUCUGUAUUUUGGUGUCAGAUGAUGUCAUUUUGAUAAAUGUACCAGUGGCAGUUGAGAGGAAGAGAUAUCUGAUGGUUUCAUCGGACUGAGGACAAGGUGUUGUCUUAGUUUUACACUCUAAUGGUGCUGAAGUGUUGUUGAGCUAGGUCUGACUAUUUGUUCUAAUUAACAAUAAAUCAAAAUGUCAUAUCUAAUCACCACAAACUGCGUUAUUGGUCCCACUACUCCAAUAACUAAAAGUCUUCAAAAAAUGACGUCCAAGGAACCAAAAUCACACAUUUGCUUCAAAGGCCUUCUACCUCUAGAUCCUCGAUCUGGAUAAGGUUUGGUGAUAUUCUAUAUUUUUCUUCUUGUCAAUGAAUCCCACAAAAAGAACAAAACCAACAGUAAUGUCUCCUACAAACAAGUAUCUUGUGUGUAUCAAAGUCUGAUAUAUUCAAUUUCACAGAGCUCCAAUGUUGUCUAACAGAGGAAGUUGUCCAAAAGAGGAGCAGAAACUACAGUUUAAAACGCUUCAGUGUGGGCUGUGGGGGUUUGCAUUUGGAUAUAAGUCCAGGUGGAUGGAUACAAAAACAAAAACAAGACAAACAAACAUAAACCUCUCACACUACUUGCUUGUAUUAGUUGUUGUAGUUGCCUGUGGUCAUUUCAAACUAAGAUGCAUUGAACCCAGGAAGUCUAAAAUAUCUCUUUUAUUUAUCUUUUAUUUUUGAGCAGAGUGAUAUUCUGACACUUCAGAGACAUUUAUAGGCACAUAAGAGCCACUGUCAUGUUUUUUAAAUAUUCAUAUUGAAUUUUAAGCUCAAAGCAAAGCAUGCUGGGAUGUAUAUGCAAAUAAACUAACAACAUUGUGUUAUA